AUGGAAGUGGAGUGCGACUUGUGUGGAGGGGUGGAAACAGUGGGUCAUACGUUCUGGGGCUGUGAUUUUGUAGCAGCAGUUUGGCAAAUGGCUAAUGUCAAAGCUCCUGGCCUCAUGACUAACCCAUCAAAUUUCCUUGACCUAUUUUGGUGCAUAAUGGAGGCAAAACCAGACCAAGACCUUGAAGCCUCCGCAACAACGGCAUGGUUUCUUUGGAACAACGGAAAUGCAGCGCGACAUGGGGAAAGCAGUAGAACUGCCUUGCAGAUUUUUAAGGCUUCAAGACUUUACUUGGUAGAGUUCCAAACCCACUGUAAUUCUCCUCAAGCCCAUCAACCCCACGCCCCUUAUUUAUGGAGGCCACCUCCACCAGGUUGGUACAAGACAAACGUUAAUGGUGUUGUUUUCAAGGAGCGAGGUCAGUAUGGGAUUGGAGUGGUGAUUCGGAAUGAUAAAGGCCAAAUAAUGGGAGCUCUUAGCAAAACACUCCCAUACCCGUUGGGAGCGCUAGAAACCAAAGCCAAAGCAGCCGAGAUUGGCAUAAUUUUCUCCUGGGAAUUGGGUCCUAGAGAGAUUAUUCUUGAGGGAGAUUCCCAAAUUGUUAUGAAUGUCAUUGCCAACCAUGACCCAGGCCCUAUUCAGAUCCAACAGUUUGUUGCUGGUAUAAAAUAUUGA